AAUAAGAAAGUAUGGCGGAGGAGUACAACAAGAGCCAAGAACACGAGUACGAGAGGAAGACUGGGGAUUACGAGGAAGGAUCUGGUGCAGGCGAGACCAAGGAUCGCGGGUUGUUUGAUUUCUUGGGGAAGAAAGCGGAGGACAAGCCAACUUCUUAUCAGCAUGAGGAGAAGCCAGCUUCUUAUCAGGAGGAGGAGGUGAUCGUCACUGAGUUUGAUGAGAAAGCCAAGAUCUCCGAUCAUCAUGAGGCACUGGCUCCUGAUCAGUACACAUCAUCAUACAGCAAAGUAGAAGAGGACAAGGAGAAGAAGCACGAGAAUCUCUUGCAGAAGUUUCACCGAUCUAACAGCAGCUCUAGCUCUUCAAGCGAUGAGGAGGAAGAUGAAGAGAAGAAGAAGCAGAGGAAAGAAAAGAAGGGAUUGAAGGAUAAGAUCAAGGAGAAGAUCUCCGGUGAUGAUCACAAGGAAGAAGGCUAUCACAAAGAGGACACGGCUGUCCCAGUGGAGAAAGUGUACGAGGAGGAACAUCAUCAUCAAGCUCCAGCUCCGGUUGUCCAUCACCACGAAGAGCCCACUGACUACCCAACUGAGGAAAAGAAGGGUUUCCUCGAAAAGAUCAAGGAAAAGCUUCCUGGCCACAAGAAGACUGAGGAGGUUCCAGUUGGUGCUGCUUCGUACGAACAGCAGAGUCACGAUCAUCAUGCCACGGAGCCACCGGUGGUAGCCUCUUAUGAAGCUGGCGAAGAGCCCAAGGAAAAGAAGGGUAUUAUGGAGAAGAUAAAGGAAAAGCUUCCUGGGUACCAUUCCAAGACCGAGGAAGAUCACAAGGACAUCAAGGAGAAAGAGAAGGAUACUCCUUCCUAUUAAUUAAGGGAUUAAGAA